AUGUCAAUCUCUACAGCCUGCCUUCUUUACCCCCGACAGCCCGUCGGGCCGGGGCCCAUCAAGCGCGAGGUUUCCGAGUUGGAUAUUGGUCUUAAACAGACUUCCUUGCAGGCUGUUGAUCUUCAGAAGGCUUCCACGCAGGCAAGAGAUCUCCAGAAGGCUUCCACGCAGGCAAGAGAUCUUCAGAAGGCUUCCACGCAGGCAAUUGAUCCCCAGAAGGCUUCCACGCAGUCAGGUGAUCUUCAGAAGGCUUCCACGCAGGCAAGGGAUCUCCAGGAGGCUUCCACGCAGGCAAGGGAUCUAAAGAAGGCUUCCACGCAGGCAAGGGAUCUCCAGAAGGCUUCCACGCAGGCAAGGGAUCUCCAGAAGGCUUCCACGCAAGCAAGAGAUCUCCAGAAGGCUUCCACGCAGGCAAGGGAUCUCCAGAAGGCUUCCACGCAGGCAAGGGAUCUUCAAAAGGCUUCCACGCAGGCAAUUGAUCCCCAGAAGGCUUCCACGCAGGCAAGGAUCUCAGAAGCUUCCACGCAGGCAAGGGAUCUCCAGGAGGCUUCCACGCAGGCAAGGGAUCUCCAGAAGGCUUCCACGCAGGCAAGGGAUCUCCAGAAGGCUUCCACGCAGGCAAGGGAUCUCCAGAAGGCUUCCACGCAGGCAAGGGAUCUCCAGAAGGCUUCCACGCAGGCAAGGGAUCUCCAGAAGGCUUCCACGCAGGCAAGGGAUCUCCAGAAGGCUUCCACGCAGGCAAGGGAUCUCCAGGAGGCUUCCACGCAGGGAUCUCCAGAAGGCUUCCACGCAGGCAAGGGAUCUCCAGGAGGCUUCCACGCAGGCAAGGGAUCUAAAGAAGGCUUCCACGCAGGCAAGGGAUCUCCAGAAGUCUUCCACGCAGGCAAGGGAUCUCCAGAAGGCUUCCACGCAGGCAAGGGAUCUUUAGAAGGCUUCCACGCAGGCAGCAGUUAA